CCGUCGCCGUCAAAUUUGCACUUCCGCGUAUCCAGCUAGUUUCAGACGGGUAGAAAGAAGCGUUCCGCGUAAGGCGGUGCGUUUUAAAGACAUUAUUGGGCCAAAAUAGAAAUAAAAAUAAAAAUUAUUUUCCAAGGAAAUACGGAAAAAUCCCGUCAGAUUCAGCACUAAGGGCGACAGCGCCAUGGGCGACAGCCCCGAGUCGGUCCAGAUGGAGGAGGUCCGGCAGACGGCCCAGUCGCUGCUGGCGUCGUCGGGGUCGGCCCAGGACGUGAAGGCUCAGGUUCUGACGCUGGCCAGCAUCGCGCUGCCCGUCUCAGAGAAGUACCGUCAUCUGACGGCAGAGGAGAUGCUGAAGGAGAACACCGCCGGGCGCAGCAAACCCGAGGUUCUGGAGUCGUUGAGCAGACUCGUCAAAGCGUUGAGCAUCCUGGAGAAAUACGGCUGCAACCUGACGAGCCCCUCCAGGCCCCGAUACUGGAGGAGCGUCAAACACAACAACCCCGUCUUCAGGACCACCGUGGACGCCAUCAAGGGAGGCCGGAGGGUCCUGUUCCUGUACGGAUACACCAACCAGCAGAUCGACGGCCUCAGCUUUCCCGAUGAAGUCAGCGAGCCGGACUGUGACGGCGUGGCGGCCGUGACCCUGGAGGUGAUGACGCUGCGCACCGAAGUGGACAUGCUUCUGAAGGGCAUCCAUCCUCAUCCAGAAUGCUUCAAAGACAUCCUCCCCUGUCUCGUCCAGCAGGAGAAGCCUGAAGACGUUGUGUUAAAGCUGCUUGGAGACAGAGGAGAGGGAGAACCAGCCCGCCCCGCGCCUCUUUUAGUCAAACCCACUCCUCUGCCGAGGCUGCCGCAGCCUCCAAAGCCUCUGGCAGCGCCCCCUGCAGUCAGCGAGUGUAAUCUGUGCGGCGGCGCUUCCUCUCUGGUUUGUCCGUCCUGCAGCGACAAGCCUUUCUGCGACGCCUGUGACGACCUGUACCACCGCCACCCCUCCAGGGCCGACCACAAGAGAGACAAAAUACUGAAAACCCAGCAGGAGACCUGCAGCAUCUGCGGCAUCUCCAGCGUCCACAUCCAGUGCUCCACCUGCAUCCAGAGGUUGUGUUCCAACUGCGACCGGCUCUUCCACUCCCACCCCGACCGCAGAGGUCACAGCAGGACCAAACUGGCUGCCGCCGCCACAGCCAGCCCGUCUCUGUCCACCUGGGAGUGCGCUCACUGCACCACCCUGAACGAGACCAGAGCUGUCCUCUGCACGACGUGCGACCGCCCCCGCCUCGCCACUCCCGCCAUAUCCGUACAGGAUGGCCCGCAGUCGCAGAACACAGAGUGGAAGUGUAAGAGCUGCACAGUGGUGAACCAAGGCAGCAGCAUCCUCUGCUCGGUGUGUGAGCGCCCCCGCCUGGCCGAUCGCCCGCCUGUCCCCGUAGACCUGGGGUCCAAGUGGACCUGCCAGUUCUGCACCUUCGUCAACUCCAAGCCCUCGGCGGCGUGCGAGAUGUGCAGCCUGCCCUCCAAAGACUCGGCCGGGCUUUCCGUGCCUCUGCCGCUCCAGCAGCCGCCGCCACCGCCGCCGCCGGCCUUCGCCAAGGAGCAGCCCGAGUCCGGCGGGAAACCUCAGCCCAUGCCACGAGCCAACCUGGACCAGAAGAGACAGAAGACGAUGAGGGAGGACGGCCUCGCACUCAUCCACCGGAUCAAAGAGGCGGAGAAGCGAGGCGUCAGCCCCGAGGAGGUCUACGCCGCUCUGAGCAUGUGCGGCGGCAGCAGCGUCAGCCCCUGCGACUGGCUGACGUCGGAGCUGCCCCACCUGCUGGACGAGAUCUGCGCCAUGGCCGCCUCCGUGCAGCUCAACUACAGAGCGGGCGGCGGCGGGACGCAGCCGGUCGUGGAGGGGGACGGCUGCGUCCCGCCGGAGCCGAACCCGCCGGCCGGCGGCGCCAAGCUGUCCAGAGCCGAGGCCAAACUGGCCUGGCUGGCGGCGGGCGGAGACAAGGAGAAGGCCGUGAGACAGCUGCUGAGAGACAGACAGGUCAAGAUGAGGGAACUUCACUCUCUGGGCUUCCAGGACAAAGCCCAAUGCGAGGAGGCGCUGCGGCAGAGCGGGGGGGACGUCAAAGGGGCCCUGUCCCUGCUGCAGCGCCCCCUCAUGGAGCCUUUCCACCAGCGCAUCUGGCUGGACCAGCCCGAGCCUCCCAUCAACCCCAAACACCCGGACAAGCAGAGGAUGUGCCGGCGCCUGCUGGCGUUGUACGACCUGCCCAGCUGGGGGCGCUGUGAGCUCGCCCUGUCGCUGCUCCAGGAGCCCGACGUCAACUACUCCCUGGAGGACGUGGUGCAGGCCGUGAAGGAGUCCCAGGACCGAGAGUUCAUCAGGCGCCUGCUCAACACCGAGUGUCCCGUCUGCCUCAGCAUCUUCCCCCGCAGCAAGAUGCAGUCUCUGACGUCCUGCCAGUGCUCCGUCUGCCACGAGUGUUUCCGGCAGCACUUCACCAUCGCCGUGCGGGACAAACACAUCCGGGACAUGGUGUGUCCCGCCUGCAGCGAGCCGGACAUCAACGACCCCGAGCAGCUGGACAGCUACUUCUCCACGCUGGACAUCCAGCUGCGGGACUGCCUGGAGCUGGAGGUGUACGACCUGUUCCACAAAAAGCUGACGGAGCACGCGCUCAUGAAGGACCCAAAGUUCCUCUGGUGUUGUCACUGCACCUCCGGCUUUAUCAACGAUGGAAACCAGCUGAAGGUCACCUGCCCGUCGUGCCGCAAGAGUUUCUGCGCUCAGUGCAAGAAGCCGUGGGAGCCUCAGCAUCAGGACGUGUCCUGCGAGCAGUUCCAGCUGUGGAAGAGGGAGAACGACCCGGAGUACCAGAGGCAGGGCCUGGCCGGUUAUCUGAGGGACAACGGCAUCACCUGUCCUGAGUGUAAGUUCCAGUACGCUCUGACCAAAGGCGGCUGCAUGCACUUCACCUGCUCCCAGUGCCGCCACCAGUUCUGCAGCGGCUGCAACAACCCGUACUACAAGACUGAGUGUAAGGUUCCUCGGUGCAAAUUCUCCGGCCUCCACGCCCAUCACCCCAGAGACUGCCUCUUCUACCUGCGGGACUGGGACGCAGAUCAGCUGCAAGCCCUGCUGCAGAGGGGCGGUGUGGCCUUCAACACGGAUCCUUCCAACGAAACCCAGAACGACGCCUGCGGCGUGAUGGAGCAGAAGGACGAAGGCGGCCAGCAGACCGAUUCGCCGUGUGGCGUCCAGACUCAGCCGGGUCAGGCUGGUCUCUGCAUGAAACACUACAAGGAGUACCUGGUGAGUCUGAUAAACGACAACUGUCUGGACCCGGCGGUCCUCUACAAAACCCAGGAGCUGGUUACGGCCUGCGAAAGGCACCAGCUGGACGCGACGAGGACAGACGGGGAGGACGACAACGUUUACAAUGCUCGCCUGCUGAAGAAACUGAUGGAGGUUCCUCUGGGAGAAAAAGUUCCUCGAAACAAAUAAACCGAAACCUGAGAUCAGGAAAUCCUUUCUGUGAAACCAGAUUGAUAUUGAAUCUCCGCUGUUCUCUGAAUGUUCUCCUGCGGUUUUAAUUCUUAUAUGAGGACAAACUGUCUUUCUCUCUAGAACCAAUCAUCUGUCAUGGCUAAUAUGAUCACAGCAGGAUUUGUUUUUUGUUUUUUUUGGGGUAAAGAACAAUCUAUCUUGAGUUUUUCUGCACAUUUUAUCUUGUUUUUGGUGCCUUAAAUGGAUUCAGUUCUGAGCUUUUAAACAUUCAAAGGAAGUAAUUCACUGCAUUAUUAAUAUUCUGCAGGAUUCUCACCCUUUGACUUUUUGCACUUGAAUAAAGAAGCUACAUGUAGAGAGAUACAAGUGAAAUUAUGUUAUAAUGCUUAGAUUCUGGGGAAGAUGUCAAACUUUUCUUCUUUUUUGGUGCUCAUGUGUUUAAGUCGGAUUUAAAACCAGACCAAUAAAUGAUUUAAAUAAAAACGUGGUUAUUCAAAUGUU